AGCAGACUUUCACAUUAGUCACUCCAGUCUGAGGGUGAUUGAAGAAAACUGCAGCAAGCUGUGGGAGCUGAACAACACUGACUUUCACAAGGAUUAGACGACAAAGCGUAUGGUUAAAAAGUUUGAGAUAUAACACUGCCAGAAAGUAGCAGAGGAAACUGUAACAGCUUGCUGAAGAGAAUGAGCAGGAAGUGGUAUUAGCAAAGGAACAAUGAAGAACAUAACCUGAGUACAUUUGCCAUACUAGGGGAAGGUGCAUUGUGAAUCUAUAGCCUCAAGCCCAGAAAAGCAACUUGAUAAAGCAAAAGCAAAAAUAUUGGAAGAUCGUACCAAUUCACUCCAGAAAUUGCCUGUGACAUUCCUUGUGGAAUUUUGAAGAAGUGUAUCGGAAAGGUAAAAUGAGGGGGCUGUUUGUUAAUUUGACACAAGAAGAAGAUUAUUCUAAGAAAAUAAUGAAAUGAUAACUCAGAACUCAACCAUUAAUAACAAUUGAUAAAGAAAUGAGCAGCAAGUGAGUUGCCCUCUCCAGUCUCCAGCUUCAACUUGUUAAAAGUAAGCUACAAAACCUGGAAAAUGAUGUGAAAGCACGAGAGAAAAUCAUCUCGAGGAUUUCUUCAGCUGACGGCAUUAAUAAUGGCACAAAGUCGCCACCUAGUGGACAAGUUCUAACAGUACAAGUACCUACAACUCCAGCAUGUCUUUAAUAGCUUUUCCAAAUGAAGUGGUCAACGGCUGUGUCAGAACGGAGCUCAUUGAGCGACACUAUAACUACACAGGGAAAUUCAACAAAAGGAGAAACCCCACUGAUGUCAUGGACCUAACCACAGUAGCCUUUCUGAUCAUCUGCAGCUUCAUAGUGCUUGAAAACCUCAUGGUUCUCCUGGCCAUUUGGAAGAACAACAAGUUUCAUAACCGCAUGUACUACUUCAUUGGUAAUCUAGCCCUGUCUGAUUUGCUGGCGGGAAUAGCCUACAAAGUGAAUAUCCUCAUGUCUGGAGAGAAGACCUAUGGACUCACACCAACUGUAUGGUUUAUUAGGGAAGGAAGCAUGUUUGUAGCAUUGGGAGCGUCCACCUUUAGCUUAUUGGCAAUAGCAAUUGAAAGGCACAUGACGAUGAUAAAGAUGAGACCCUAUGAUUCUAGCAAAAAGCACAGAGUGUUUCUCCUCAUUGGUGCCUGUUGGCUGAUCUCCAUUUUAUUUGGUGCCUUGCCUAUCCUUGGCUGGAACUGUAUCUGCAAUUUUUCAGAUUGUUCCACAGUCCUGCCCCUUUAUUCCAAAACAUACGUUGUCUUCUGUAUAAGCAUCUUCAGUGCAAUUUUGCUGGCCAUUGUAAUACUUUAUGCUCGUAUUUAUAUAUUGGUCAAGUCAAGUAGCCGCAAAGUUGCAAACAGAAAAUUCACCAAAAACAAUUCUGAAAAAUCCAUGGCGCUACUGAGGACAGUAGUAAUUGUUGUCGGGGUUUUCAUUGCAUGCUGGUCCCCGCUCUUCAUUCUAUUGCUCCUUGACGUGGCCUGUAAGCCAAACAGGUGCAGCAUACUUUAUCAGGAAGAUUGGUUUAUUGCAGUUGCAGUCCUCAAUUCUGGCAUGAAUCCCAUUAUUUACACUCUGGCCAGCAAAGAGAUGCGCCGGGCUUUCUUCCGUCUCCUCUGUGGCUGCUUAGCCAAUACUAAAGUCUCAAAGGCCCUGCCAAUUCAAUCAGCUGCAGAUAACAGCAAAAGCAAGUCUAGUGGCAGUAAUCCACAGAAGCCAAAAGGAGAGCCCUCAGAAGUCACUAACCAUUUAAAGGAAAUCAAGACUUUUAAUUCAUGAACACCCAAAGGAGCAUUUUGACUAUUGGUGGCUUGUCUGCCUUAAUAUGCAGGACUGAGGUCUCAACUUAAUGAACUUAUAAUAUUAUUUUUAUGAAUUCUUAUUUCCUUAUAUGAAAGAUUGGUCCUUUCUUUUAGCUCUUGAACUUUGAAACGGAAUGCCCUUUACAAAAUUCUGAUAUUUGGCACUAAAACCACAAACCAAAGCUCAUACAUCAUAUAAUGACCAAAGAACUUCAGUUAUUGUUUAAAUAAAGUUCCUUGAUACAAUUCCCAUUUUGGUUGCGAUGAAAAUAUUUGAAGCGUUAGUCAUAAAUUCUAAUAUUUUAAUUUAAUAGAAAUGGUACUUUUUUAUUGUGAAAAUUAAGCUUGAAUUUUCAUGUUGCUACCCAUCCACUAUUUUUCCCAGGGUGUAAUGUUAUGGAUUCCACUGAAUUCAAACCCUAUGUCAUUUUUGAGACUCAUUUUAACCUCUCUGACAAAGGCCUACAGUUCUUGUUCUUAUUUACACUGGGAAACUAUCCACUACGCUUAUCAAUAGCAUGGGAAAGCCUUUGUCCUUAAAAUAGCUGGUCAACAUCAGAUCUUACUCAGGCAUAUGGUACAAUGGGUUCCCAUUGUUUUUUUUAUUGAAAAAUUUCUCAUAUACAUUGGAAAUCACAUAAUCCCUUUAAAAUUUUUAUACUGUAUAAUACUCACAAUUUGAAAGUGUCAUAUAUAGAACAUAUAUUAAUAGACUCAAUGUAAAUCAUUUAUCAUCCUUUAUCAUCAAGUGUGGAUUUUUUAUAUUUCUUCUCAAAGCCAAAAUCUAUUCAAAGUGUAACAAACAUCAGUCAAAUAUCUGCAGAAUGUAAUACCAUCCCACUCCAUACAUAACAAAAUAUUUGACCUAAUCUCUAAUCAGUAGAUACUGACAACUUGUUGAUUAAUUUAUUAAUUGGAUGUUAUAUCAUUCUAGUAAACUUCAUUAAAAGCAAUAAAACAAAAUUAGAGCUGUGAAAAAUAAAACUUUUCCAAUUUCUGUGUUUCUCGUGAAGAAACUGUGCCUCUGACCUUACUAGUACUGCUGCCUCUCCAGUCUAGACACAUAUUCACUUAAGCACAAAUGACAGCCAGCUUCCCUUUUGUAGCUAAGAAGUACAGUCUAAAGCAACGUGUCAAUCACUGUCAAAUUUACCACCUCUCCACCAUCAGCCCGUUACAAAAUAUUUACAGGGAAGGGGACAGUGCGGCUGUUGACCCCAAAUUUGAGAAGUGGUGAGGAAUUCAUAUCUCGUUCUUUUCAAAGGAAGACAGUGGAUCAGAUCUUGGUCUUAUGUUAUGGUGGAGAGUUGAUGACAUUGUGCUUUUUAUUCCCAUCGAAGAUCUCCAAGGGGUGCAGAGAAGGUUUAAUAGAAUGAUCCCCGGCUUCAAAGACUCCUGUUUUUGAAAAGGCCAGAAAAGCAAGCAUUGUUCUCCAAAGUUUGAAGUGUAGAGUAGAUUAGGCAAGAAGGUACAGUAGAUGGGAAGAAACAUUUUCUAUUAAGAAAAGACCUACAAUCUGAAGACAAAGAUUUAAGAUAAUUGCCAAAAGUGCCAGAGCUGGGAUUACUUAAUUUAGGCACCAUCUGUGAAUGCGCCAUGGCAAUUAUCCUAUGUAAAGGAUUAGAUUCCACAUACACUUUGUAACAAGGGUACUAUUUGUCAAAAAUAUGGUUUUGAUGAAUUCAUUGUUAAUUUAUAUGAAGAAAUCUCAAAAAACCACCAGGUAAAGAUGAAUGUGGGAGGUUUUAUCACCUGUUUUAGUUUAUCCAUUCAAAAGGAUGAAAUGCUGCUUCUCCCUAUACAUACACACUGAGCACAAUUGUUUCUUUUGUUUACCAACAGGGAAAAAAGAUUAUAAUUAUUUAAGAAACAAUAAAAUUUGGAAGUCAUUUUCAUGCAUCAAGCACAUUUUUGUAGGCCAUUUGCCCCGUCAGGUCUCGCUGCCACACCAUUAUGACUGAUUUAUGACCCCUCUCAGCCCCAUUCUCUACAUAACCUUUGACGUCCUUACUAAUCAAGAACUUAACAGCCUCUGCUUUAAAUAUAUCUAACAACCUGAUUUGCACAGCCAUCUGUGACAAUGAAAUCCGCAAAUGCACAAAUUCACCACACUUUGGCUGAAAAAAAAUCUUCUAAUUAUGUAAUAGAGAAAGAUUGAUAUAUUUCUCAAUGUUUUUUUUUUAACUAAUUUGAACCAAGUCUCUUUAUUUUCUUUGAAGAUGUGAAUAUAUCUUUUUCAUGGCAUAUAGUCUUUUAUAAAACCACAUUUAAGUUACUUUUUAAAGCUAAGUGGGAAAAAGUUCCUUUUAACACUACAGAUCUGCCUCUUCAGUAUUUGAAUGUCUUAUUGUUACUUCAAGCUAGAACUAAAGACAAAAUGUUCAAUGUGAAAUUAAACAAAGGCUUAGAUGCUGGAAGUCUAAAAUGAACAGAAAAUGGCUGGGAACCCUUUGCAGGUCAGGUAGCAUCAUUAUUCAGUGUGUUAGCAACUGUAUGAAAAUUUACCACUUCACCAUGCCUUUCACUGAAUUACACCUGACCACACUGGUUAUAUCCUUCAACAUGCUAAUUGUUUUGCUUCUUGUUGUUCUACAGUGUCUAGGCAUGUCAAAGUUAUUAUGACCUCCGGCUUUCUUUUAAUUUAAUUUCCAUUGGCAUUCUGAAAUCAUUAGUUUUCUUCUGAGCAAUAUUUAAAUGGAGCUUAAUUGGUCCACAUAUUUAUUUUGCUCAACUCAUUUUACGGCUGCUGAAUUACCACUGUAGGUUUGAUUGCUCCUGGUUCAACAUUAUUUUGUAUUCAUAAGUUAAAGUUUGUAGGUAUUUCAGAAGCAUGUCACCAUCACCAUCUCCAACCUCCUCUUUCCCUACCUCCAAAGUAUUAAAAUGUAAUUUCUGGAAGUCAAAGGGCAUCUAAUUCCUAAAUUAUUAGUAUGCCAGCAUUAUCUACUUGUAUUAUUGACAGUAGCAAUGUGCAUGUAAUUGUAACUGUCUUUUUACAAAAUGGCUUUCAGCUAUUUAAAAAGUAAUCAUGGCUGUGUAGAUUGCCAGAUAAUUGAAGGAAAUUAUAUUAUACAAUGUACUGUAGUUUCCAGUGACAUAAGUAAACCCAGUUUUACUAGUGUAUAAAACUGCUAGGGUACAAAUUAUGUGCUCUAGCUUCUAAAAUAAAGUUAUGCUAUUACUUGAUUUUGUGUUGUUUAUUUGAAAUUAGAUAUUUACAAUGAAAUCUAAUGAGAUCUUUGUAACA